AUGGAAAAAGCGAUCAAUAAGGCGACAGACCCAGCAGACUCAUUCCCAAAAGACAAACACGUCAGGACUAUCAUCGUGUCCUGCCCAACAGAACAAGCAUGUAUGCAGGUCUAUAGAUACUUGCUCGACAAAGUGAGAAAGGGCAACCCAGUCACUCAGAUGAAGGCGAUUCAGAUCCUUCACAGAGUCAUGUUGGAUGGUCCCGAAAAAGCGUGCCAAACUCCCGUCUUUGAUCUGAGAUGGGUCCCAGAGUUGGAGAGAUUUAAAAGAUCGCAGCAGCUCAACAUGUCAACGGACAUAUUCUGCAAGUACGUCAGAAUGCUCGAGACCAAAGUACAAAUGCACACUGCACAACAAAUCAUACCAGGUUCAAUGGACCCGGAGAUAUUCAAGAAGACGUUUUCGAAAAUCAGUACCGAGAAUUGCCAGAAGUUGAAUCCAAUCAUCCAACCAAUGUUAAACCACCUCAAAAUGUGUGUUGAAAACACGGAAGGCAUAUUGAAGAUCUUAAACUCAAAGAAAAUCUUUUCAUUGAUUGCGAUGUUAGUCACUUUGAUCAGGGAAUUGAGCGGUGUAUAUUAUAUGUAUUAUCACGUCAUUUUCACAACAUUUGUGAAACUCCACCACGACGGAGAGUAUAAGGACAUCAUUGCAAAGUUCGACCAAAUGCAUAACACCUUGAAGAACCUCUUUGAUCAGGUCUCUGUUAUCAGAGACGUCACUGCAUUGGUCACCGUCCCUCAGCUUGCUACCGACCCACCAGAUUUCUCUGUUAUAACACUUGGAAGAGAAAGGUCGCCGUCCCCUCCACCACAACCAAAGGUACAAACACCACCACCCCAACCAAUUCAACCACAAUUCACACCAUUCGAUUUUUCUGAGAUGAAUAAACCGACACAAAAACCAGUGGAACCAACUUUCCAACCAUUCGAUUUCUCAAAAGAAGCGCAGGCACCCCCACCACCCCCUGUUAAAGUGGAGAAGGAAGUGAUUGUGAAGAUUGAAAAGGUUGUUGACAACGAGAGAAUAAAUAAACUCCUGAAAAGAAUCAAAGAACUCGAAGAGGAAAUCAACGAUCUUAAAAUGCGAAUUGACCAAUUGAAAGCAGACCAACGCAGAGAGUUGAAAAAGGUCAACGAAGAGAAAGAGAAGGCAAACAACGCGAAGAUUGCCGAACUUGAGAAAUUAAUCGAAGAGCUUAAAAACCAGCUGACUGACGAAAAGAAGAAGGACGACGUCAUCAAGGCGCUUCAAACACAAAUUGCAGAGAAAGAGGCCGAACUUGAGAAGAAAAAAAAUGUAGAAACCGAUUUGGCAGCGAAGGAAGCCGAGCUGAAGAAACUCGAAGAGAGUCUUCGCGAGAUUGAGGCACUCAAAGACCAGAUGAAGUUCAAGAACGACGAGGCUGAAAGAAAGAACGCCGAGUUACAAAAGAAGGUUGAGAACGAACAGGAGAAAAUCAAGGAAUUAGAAAAGACUUACGACGAGAUGAAAAAGAUGAACGAAGGGAAAGAAGGGAAUUUACAGGAACUGUUGAGACAACUUGAAGAGGAGCGAACAAAAGUUAAGAAUUGGGAAAAGAAAGGGGAGGAGUUUGAAAAUUACAAGAAAAAGCAAAGAGAAUAUGAAGAACAAAAUCGUGUUGAACUUGCUGAGUUAAAGAGACAAAACGAACUUUUGGCUGCUGACUUGAAAAAUCAAGUUGGACUUUCAGAACAACAGAAAACGGAGUUUGCGGGACUGAGCCAGAAAUUUGCCGAGUUGUCGCAGGACUACGAGAAGUUCAAAGUCCAAGACGCGAAGUUACAAAAAGAAUUGGAAGACGAAAAGAAGAAAAGCGACUUCAUUGCGCAACAAUUGGUCGAUGAGAAAAACUCGAAAUUGAAAUUGGCAGACGAGUUGAAUGAAGUACAAGAAAGGUACGAGAACACCGCUAAAGCUUUAGAAAUGGAACGAUUUGGCCGUGAGACGGAUUACUGGUUGGUUGUCAACGCCGGUGUUAAAGGGGCCGAAAAGGAGAUGGACAACUUCUUUAAUUUAUUCAAUGACACUUCAAUUGAGGGGAAUCCAAAUGCAAAUAAAGCGACAGUUCUUCGCGACUUGACACUUUUGAAUGCGACUGGAAUUGCGUACAAGGCGUCUGUUGAAAAGAACCAUCCGAAAGAGGCUGAAAAGGAGGUUGAGAACUUUGUUUCUACGAUCAAGAUGUUACUUGAAGAUAUCAAAGGCGCAGAGAUGAAGAAUCCGGAUGAAAAAUUGAAAGUAGAAAUACGAGGGGCGACCGUUGAAUUGAUUGCUUCUGUUCGCGACAUGAUGGGGAAGUGCAUUGACCGAGAAAAGGUUGGAGAGGCUGGAGGAGUCUUUGAUAUCAAAAUGACAAAGGAGAAAACAUUAGUUGAAGGGAUUGAGGAGUCUGCUGAAGUGGUCAAUUUAUCUGGGAUUGAUGAAGACGCUGAGAGAGAGUUGACAAAGGCCGCCAAUAGUAUUAUGGGGUUAGCAAAGGAUUUGGAAAAGUGGUUGUCGCAGUCGAAAAAAGGUGUUUCUGCGGAGAUGGAUGUGAACCAGGCCAUCAUGGAGAGUGCACAAGCCAUUGCAAAGGCGACAGCCGCACUUGUCAAUGCAGCAGCUUCUGCGCAAAAAGAGAGAGUUGCUUUGGGGAAAAAGUACGCAACACCAACAAAACCAUAUGCACCAAAUCAAAUCUGGUCGGAGGGUCUUGUUACUGCUGGAAAGGAAGUUGCAGAAGCGACUAAACAAAUUGUCACCGUUGCAAAUAAUAACGUCACCCCAGGCACAGAAAAGGAUACAGACGCUUUGAUCGCUACAAGUCACGAAGUUGCUAAGUGCACUGCUCAUCUUGUCACAGCAGCACGAUCAAAAGCAGACUUCGACUCACCAACUCUCCAAAAAGUCGAAAACGCGUCAAGAGGAGUUAACGAAGCUACUAAACUCUUGGUCGAAGCAGUUAAAGCCAUUGGUGACAUGAAAAAGCAAAGCGAUGAAAGUAUUAAUUAUGGCGAUUUGUCCGACUACCAGCUUGUCAUUAAAGAAAGAGAAGCGUCCAUCCAAGUCCUUAAGCUGAGAAGACAACUUGAUGAAGCCGAGCAACGUCUAAAGAACAUCAACAAGCAGAGAUAUGCCAAACAAAACAAUUAA